AUGCACACAUGUACUAGCAAGGAGCACAAAGAUGAUGUCGAAACUGGCCAGACCGAGGAAGUGCUUACCGUCACAACAUAUCCCGAGCCUCUGGCUUCAGAAGGUCUUUCAAAUCGGGGUUGGCUCGUUGUGUUAUCUACCUUUCUGGUAAACUUUUACGCUUUUGGUACCGUAUUUAGUUGGGGAAAUUACCAGCGUCUAUAUCUAGAAGACGUUUACAAGGGCAGCACCGAUCAAUUCCGUAUAGCCUUUGUAGGCACAUCAGCUACCGCAAUGCUUCUAUCCACCGGAUUGUUCAUCACACCUUUUAUCGAAAGAUUAGGCUACAGAGGAACUAUGGUAAUUGGGUCCAUUUUGACACCUCUUGGCCUGAUUCUCGCAAGCUUUGCUACCCAGCUUUGGCACGUCUAUCUUUCUCAAGGGAUUCUAUUUGGUUUUGGUGCAGCAUUUGUCUUUUCGCCAUCAAUCACUCUGCCUUCUCAAUGGUUUGUCAGAAACCGUGCCUUUGCAACAGGAAUUGCUGUCAGUGGAUCUGGUAUUGGUGGAGUUGCACUUUCGCCAAUGACACAAUAUUUAAUUUCUACAGUUGGAUACAGAAAUAGUUUGCGUGUUAUGGGGGGUAUGGGCUUUGGUAUUCUUGGUAUUGCUACAUGUUUAGCCUUUUCUCGUUGGAGACCAGCCCCCAGUAAGAACUCGGGUAUCUUUUCAAUUUUUGACAGAUCCAUUAUAAGCAAGCACUACUUGAUCCUUUUGCUGUUUGGAUUUCUGGCUCCUUUUGGUUAUAUCGGCCCAUUUUUCUUGGCACCAACCUAUGCAUCACAUAUCGGAGCCGAUAGCUCUACUGGCGCUUCUCUUGUAGCUAUUAUGUCAGCCAUGAAUGCCAUCUCUCGUAUUGUUCUAGGGUACAUGGCAGAUUACUCUGGUCGGUUCAAUACAAUUUUUGCCUGUACAUUCUUCGCUGGUUUGUUCACUAUGCUUAUCUGGCAGAACUCAUCCACCUACGGUAUUUAUUCUGCUUAUACAGUCCUGUAUGGACUUACAGGAGGCGGCUUUGUAUCUCUCUUCCCAGUGGUUACCGCCGAUAUUGUAGGUGUCCAGAACAUUCAACGUGGACUUAGUUUAUGCUAUCUGGCCACAACCCUUGGAAACUUGCUUGGUACACCUAUUGCAGGUGCCCUCCAGUCUGCAUAUGGGUGGACAGCAGCUAUACAAUUCUCUGGCGCACCUUCCGUCCUAGCAGCUUUAGUCAUUUUGACUCUACGAAUGAUGCGCAGCAAGGGAAAGAUAUUUGUAAAAAUCUAG